AUGCCAGCGAAGCGAGAACUUCUGAUGCGCCCCAACAAGCGAUUGUCCCGUUGGCGACUCAAUGACCGCCUCGGACAAUCCAAGCGCAAUGUCGAGUCCGCCGUUAUUCAAGUCGUGGGGGAGCUCCCGGAGCGGGAAUGCAUACAGUGCCGGGAGGGCCAUGGAUCUUGGGGGCUCUGUGUCGUUGUGAAAGGAGAUGUUGAGGUCGCUAAAUGUGGGAACUGCGAUAUUUCUAAAUUUGUGAAUCCUUGCAUGCAUGAUGACGCUGGGAUGCGUGCUUAUGAUGAGCAGUUAAGAGAGCACUUCAUGAAGUAUGGACAGGUGAAAACAGAGCCCUACACGAGGUACCGCCGUAAUGGUUACUAG